CAUAUAAAAGUAAAAGCAAAAGGCGGUGUUUGUUGUUGUUCUUUCUUGGAGAUUUGAUAUCGAUGAUGGCAACAAUCAGCGACAAAGUGGUGAGCAACCUCACAAGCAUCUAUGUGGCAGUGAUCGCAUGUAUGAAGGUGUACUGUGUUGCCUGUGGCCACAACAUGGGAGGCGUUUUUGUUCUCAUCUUCUUCGCUUCCAUUUUCGUGGCUCUCAUCUUGCUGGCAGCACUCGCCUGGGACCUAUCACGCAAGGCCAUGUAUGCAUUUGCCGCCUCCGCCGCUGCAGCAAACAACCAUCGUUCUCACAAGGUGUGCAAAGGAGGCAUCUGCUGGCAUGGUGUUGCCGUCCGAUCACCUGCUUCUCAGGUCCGUUUCAGGCUUCCACACCAUCUUCCUACUUAUCCCACUUCCUGAUCCAAACACAACACCACCUCACUUCGCACUUCAGACACUUCUUUUUCUUUAUAAUAUAUACAUACUUAUGCCGAAUCAAAUCAUGAGUAGUGACUGCUGAGAUGUCAAAUUUCGAUAGGAAAACAGUAAUUUUAAUUUUAGUCUUCUGAGUAUACAUAUAUACUAAGUGUUUAUGUUGUUUUUCGCUUUCUUUUACUGGUUUCUGCUUUUAAUUUGUUUUUUUUGGUACCUUGUCGGUGAUGUAUUUGUAGUUUCUUAGGUUUAUGCUAC